CAGAGGCACCUAGCACCCAGCAGAACCUGCCCUGCCAGGCACCCUUGUUAGUGGACACCACCUCCAUCUAGUCCUCCGCCCAGCCAGCCGCGCCAGCUGCGUGUUGCCUUGCCCGGGCCUGUCCGUCUCGUCAACUGGAGCUUCCCUUGCCCGUUCGAAGGUGAGCUUGACAACGGAAACGGCAAGCUUUCUAACUACUCUCACCAAACAUCACCAUCACAUCGCGAAUACCCCUCACGGCGAAGACGAACAGUCCAUCCUACUUGGACCACACUGCAGCAAACGUACCAGCCCCAUCGCCGAACAUCACUUCGUCAUCCGAGCAAGCAACUAUCACCACUUGCAUCACAUCCCAGGCACAAGAUGUCGUCCCCCUUCUCGAUAAACGGCGGCGCUGCUGUCGCCAUGGUCGGAAAAGACUGUGUAGCUAUCGCGUGCGACCUGCGCCUCGGCCUUCAGGCGUUGACAGUCUCCAACAACUUUCCCAAGAUCUUCCAGUACGGCGACGUCUUCCUUGGACUUACCGGUCUGGCGACGGACGUGUCGACCGUAUCGGACCUGUUUCGGUACAAGGUGAACAUGUACCGACUUCGGGAGGAGCGCAACAUUGCACCCCGGACGUUCGCCAACCUCGUGUCCAGCAGCCUGUACGAGCGCCGCUUUGGGCCCUAUUUUGUCAGUCCCGUUGUUGCUGGCCUGGAUCCCAAGACGGGCGAGCCGUUCAUCUGCGGCUUUGACAGCAUUGGAUGCAUCGAUUUCGCGAAGGACUUCAUUGUGAGCGGAACGGCGACGGAGCAGUUGUUUGGCAUGUGCGAGAACUUGUGGGAGCCGAAUUUGGGACCCGAGGACCUCUUCGAGACCAUAUCACAGGCUCUUCUUAACGCCGUCGACAGAGAUGCCUUGUCAGGCUGGGGCGCCCAUGUUUACAUUAUCGAGAAGGACAAGGUCACCAAAAGGCUAUUGAAGGGACGACAGGAUUAAACAGGACGUUUGGGCAUAAUGAUGAUGAUGAAUCUGGGCCAAGAGUAUUCAAGUCGCAUACGCGCUAGUGGAUUAUCGGUACCCUUGGGCUCUAUAGAACAAAUACAUUUGCAACAUGACAAACUGGCAAGCGGAUAGGCCAGCUGUGCUUGUCAAAACGGGUAGAACUGAUGUCAAGACGACAAUGCCGUCACAGAUUAUGCAUGGUGUAAUCCGCUAUGUAUAUGUUCUAUCUAUAUAGACAAGAGGAGUUGUUUACGUCUAGAUCUAAAACUAUCAGACCAGGUCAAGUCUAACUACCACCAAAAA